UUUACUUUUAUGCUCUGGCGCAUGUCGUUCGGACGUAUUUUUUUAAGCUUUAAAAAAGUUUUGCUCUUGUGUUUGAUCUUAUGCAUUUUAUGCAACCGUGAUUCUAAAGAAAGCAAGGAUGCCGUUUGAGUGAAAUUGUGUGUGUUUCAAAGUCCAUUAAUUUUAAAUUCAACAUGUUUGUGUCAUUUAUGUGUUUUGUGUGAUAAUUAUAUUUUUUACUGCUCAUAAAUAUACUUACUAAGUGCAAAUAGGGUUACAGAUCAAUGCAAGCAGUAUGACUUGUUUGUCGUGUGAUUACAUUUGAUGAUUGUGAUGUUCUGAAGGUCCAAGGAUUUCCGUAUAACGUCACAUAGUGACUACUUAUCUAUGAGUGAGGGCACCAGGGCUACAGAACAAUGUAUGAGUGCUUCCUCGAGAUAGCGUUCGAAGCUGAGCUCAACACUAGCGAGGACCCGGAGUGCUUAGAGCUAGCCAAAACAUUGUGCAAUGAAAACCCAAUUACUAGGAGUGCAGUCAUUGCGGAGCUUCGGGACAUGAUAUUUGAGAGAGGCGAGUGUACCCCGCCCCGGACUGACGACACGUUCCUGCUGAGGUUUCUCCGAGCGAGACAUUUCGCGGUACCAAGAGCACAUAGACUUCUAGUCCGCUACUGUUUGUUUCGGAAACAGUAUGCACAUUUAUAUGAUGGCGUUGAUCUUUGGGGGCUUUGCAAGGUCAAGGGGGCGUACGAAGGCAGCAUGUCGGACCAUCCUUCUAUUGGACGACUAUCGGUGUUCCGAUUUGGAACAUGGGACCCUAGUGAAUUCGGUGUAGAAGAGCUGGUAAAGGCUGGCACGGCGAUCGUGGAGAUCGGUACCAGGACCCCAAAGAUGCAGAUACUCGGAGGCACAGCCAUCGUGGACCUGGACGGCAUCACCCUGCGACAUGUGGCCACGCUCACACCUACGGUUGCGUAUCAAAUCGUUGCACUUAUGGGGGUGGCGACGCCGGCGCGGCUGCGCUCCUGCCACAUCAUCAACUACUCGUGGAUCAUCAACACCUUCUUCUACCUCUUCAAGAGGUUCAUACCGAAGGACACCUGGGAACACAUUUACUUCCAUGGAUACGACUUGAAGUCCCUGCACCAACACAUCCCGCCCGAACUCCUGCCCCACCGGUACGGAGGCACCAACCGCAACUACACGACCAUCGGCACCUGGCUGCAGAAGAUCAGGAAGUACCGCGACGAAGCCUUCGACGAGGAGAUGAAGGCGCUCGGAUAUGUCGUCAAGGAGUGAUGGGUGGAGUGGGACUUAUUACCAAGUGCGAAAAUAAGUAGGAAAGGUUUUUUAGCGGUGUUUCUUUGGUAGUUACGUUACGUUCAGAAUUUUGACUGGAUGAACAAAUUCAAUUGUAUUUUUAAUUUUAUUUGAACUA